AUGUGGUGGCGGAGCUUGUCCCUUCAUCUGCUCUCAUGUUCAGUUGGUCUGGUCAUCGGCGCUCGUUUGUUGUUCGGUUUAGAAAAGAGUGCGUCUUGUGUCAAAAGCACCGACGGUCACGAUAGCAGCGGCGGAGGUGUCGAGGCGUUGCGUCUGUUCUCUGCCCACUUUCGUCCCGAUGACAUGGUCAGGACCAGGACAGAAGCCUAUCGCAUCAAGCAAACCGAAACCCUCUGCCAAGGUAUGCGGUGCCGGUUCCUUAAGACAGCCCAGCGAACGGGAUUGAGUGGGCACUCGGCAGCAGCCUUGGGGCAACAGCAGUAUUCGCAGUAUACCUGCGUCUGGAACAAUAUCCGGCGGGCGAGACAUCUGGGGAGAGAAGGGGGAAUAAAGCAGGGGUUGAAAGGUACAGAAAAACGCGGCGGCAGAUCCAAGCUGCAGAGAGUUCGCAGUGAUUGCAGGUGGGAGAUGCAGCCUUCGAACGGCACCAUAUGCAGGUGUUGGUGCAGGAUCCCGAAAAAGGAAUAG